AUGUCUACACACUCACACAAUAUAGAGAACAUAGUUCAUUUUUCUGUCUCUCACCGCCCUCGUUCCUCGUCCUCUCGCUCAUAUUCCGGAGGCACCGUUGCCUCAUUCGUCCUGUUCCCACGCUUAGCGCCUGCAUUCGCCAUCCGUCUUCGAGUCGCGUGCCCACUGGUUAGAGCCGCACAACCGGGAACCCGUCCUCGCACCUCAGAGCCACUCAUUGCGGUGUUUUGGGUGUGUGUUAGUCAUUCCUUAUUCGCACGAUCACCCCACCGUAGGCACAUCACCGUAAUCAAGCUGUACCCCGAGGCCGACGAAAACUUCAAGUUCACGCUCUUGGACAUGGAUCACAUCGUCGACAGCUGCCAUCGCCUUGGGAUCCACUCACUCAAUGAUCUUGCCGACUACCACCGUGAAUUCACAGCUGUUAUGACCUUCCUCGUCAUCAAAGAUCGCCUCACCACGAUGGAGCAAGAACGUGCAUUCACCCGAGGAUUCCAGCACAAUUUUUGGUUGCUCGUUGCUCGACACCUGCAAAUCAAGGACCCGGAUCACUCCCCAGACAUGCCAUACACCAUCGAGAACAUUAUGGACGCUGCACGAUUCGUUCUUCGUGGAUUUCCUGCCCACAUUCCGUCGCCGUCGCCCACAGCAACGACUACGACGGCUUCUUCGUCACCAGACUCUGUCAGACUCAAAGCCCUCGGUCUCAUCUUCUCAGAACUCACCAAGACGAUCGUCGAAGCCCUUCAGCAGUCGAACCAGCCUCGCCAGCCUCGUUCGUCGUCGUCUCUGACCCCGGUAGCUUGCAAGUUUUGCGGAAGUGCUCAUUUCAUGCAGGAUUGUGAUCUCGUCAACGAGUACUCUCGCGCUGGCAAGUGUAGGCGAAACGUCGAGGGAAAGGUUGUCCUUCCAUCAGGAGCUUUCGUCCCAAAAGAAAUCCCUGGCCGUUUACUCAAGGAUCGCGUAGACAAAUGGCAUCAUCAAAAUCUGAACCAGCUCGCCACCGGCACCCUUUUCCACUCGACGACACCAUCCUCCGCUCUCGAAUAUUCGCCCUUGUGCACUACGACUAGAUCUACACAUCAGACCUCGAAGAAGGAUCGCAUCGCCGCCAUCGAAGCCGAGUUACUCGCCCUCCGUGCUCGACAACCACCCAGUUUCGUGCCCACCACCCAAAUGCUCGCUCAGACGCCUCGUGCCGUUUUCCAGGAUGAAGGAGAAGUUUCUCCUGCCUCACCGCCGCUUCCUGCCGCCCCUGUGCUCGCCGCUGAACAAGAUAUUGGUCCAGAACUCACCAUUCGAGACGCACCAGACGCCGUCUGUGUUUACUCACAAGAAAAGACCGUCGACGCCGCACUCGAGCAAGAAACGCCCAAGAAACUCGGCAUCACGUAUCUCAUGUUACCACCCGUGAACGACAUCGGAUCGGCGCCUGCCAACUGCGACAUUUUGUCGAGUACUCCGUCCGUCAUCACCCUGCACGAGUUCCCGUCCCUAUCCCCCGAAAUUCGACCUCAUAACUCCGAAACCACGACCACGAGAUCCCAUACAACCAAGGAGACUCGUCAACAAGCAACUGGGCUCGAAGAGAGUGCCACCACUACAACGCUGCCCGAACACGCUUCCAACUCGUUCCAUAUCACCCAUUCAAACAUCGCACUCGCCUCCACUCGAUAUCCCAGCCCACCAGACGCAUCCAUUGCCAAUUUUGACAUAUACAAGCCCUCCUAUCGCACUCUCUAUCCCGACAACACUCCUGAUCCCAAUAACCCCGUUAAAUCGAAGACUUCAGCCACUCUCCAUUCCUAUGUCCCUCUAGACGAUGAAAAUCGACGCCUCGAACCCCUUCUCGACCCCGGCGGUCAAAUUUUCAACUCUCAGCCUUUCAUUUCCCCAUCAGCGAUCGUUCACAACAAUCCGCUGCAGCCACACACGUCUCGACAACCGACACCGCUGCACACGCCGCUACUGCACUUCACAAACAGUCAAAAUGUCUCAAAGCAUUUCGUUCCCAAGUAUCCGUCACCCGCCAAUGAUCCGCCCCUCGAGAACGUGUCCGGACGACACGAGACUCUGCCCACAUCCUCGGUACACCAUUUCGCAGCCAUUGCGCCCACUCAUCUCUUUGUUUUAGGAUGCGCGCUCGCUGUUUCCAUCCUCACGUCGUUAUUUUUAGCAGCCAAGACACCGCCCAUAGCCCCAGCAAAUCCGACAACACAUUCCUCGACCGCCAGAUCACUGCCAUUCGCACUUCUGAUUCUUUUCCUCGUCUUUCCUUUCCUUCUCGACUUCUCGAUGACGUCUUUGGCCUUUCGCACUCUCGCCUUCAAGAUAUUCCGACAAGUCGACCGCCUUCGAUCCCUACAACGACUUCAAUGCUGUUCACUUCACUUUCAAAGAUUAGAAGGCAUGGUUCCUAUUUCAGUAGGGAGGACCUCGGCCUCAACACUCCCCCAGCUCGCCGAUUUCAUUCUUUCAUGA